CCUCCCAAGUUCCCUUCUCCCAUUGGCGGCGUGCCCAACCCACACGACCUCGUUCCCUCGGUCGUCUUCGCUGUCGCAUACGCGAUAACGAUCCCGCUCGCAGUCUACCGACUCGUCUCGAAGAGCUCCCGCAACGUGUUUAUCAUCAGCACCGCGGUGUUUGCCAUCGAGCGCGUCAUCGACUUCUCCUUCCGCGCAAAGGAGGCGGAGACGCCCAGCAUGCGCACAACGAGCUUCUGGGUGAGUUGGCUCCAGAGCGCGUACGCGAUGGGCUUCAUCGGCCUUGCGGACGACGUCGGCAACAUCGCGCGCGUCUUCCUGAUCAAGUCCACGCGCGGGCCCUCACUCAACCUGCUCUCCCCGUCCGGCGCGGAGCGGCCGGCCUUGCCCAAAUCAAAGAACAGCGCCGCAGCGUUCGAGACGAUGGUUAUGGACGCCCGACGCGACGGGAUGGACGUGAGCGAGGAGGUCUUCGUGGACGAGCCAAUGCGCAGGGUGUGGAUUGAGCGCUAUGGCAUGGUCUCGUUGCUCAUGCAAAAUACCGCCUUGGCGCUGGGGGGCGUGUACGCCGGGGUGUACUUCGGCGGGACGACGAGCCACAGUAAGGCCGUGACGGCGCAGCGGACGAGGUGCGUGCCUUCGGGGGUUGCUAAUCCAGCUGACGGGCUUCGCGCGACUCAGUCAAUACCCGCGCUCUACCGCCUCGCCGCGAUGGCGAACUACACCGACUCCCUGCUCUCGACGGCGCCGGGCUCGCUCAAUGGCGGCACAGCAAAGGUGUUCUACACGCUGCACAUCGCGCCCGAGUUUAUCGCCGGAACGUUACUACUCUCGGUGAACGUGAAGAAGGUGUACGGCUUCACUGGAUGGCGUGAGUGA